AUGGACAAAGCAGCUGAACUCAAGUGGCAGCUGGAGGAUUCACCUGGCAAAGCAGAACAGCAAGAGCAAAACCCUGAUAAUGGAGACAAAGCAGAAGUGCCAGGACAGUCUGCACACAGUGAGGACAAGCCACCCCAGAGCCAUACCCCACAGUGGGAGACUCUAGGCAGACAGUUUGUAGAGUACGAGCAAGUGGCUCCAUUUCUCAUCCCAGAGGAACAACAGAGAAGGCUGCUGGACUUUCUCCCACUCUUCUUAAAGGCCUGGGAACAGUCCGCUGGAGUAAUUGUAUUCCCCAACAUUCAGCUGUUAGCCAGUGAGGUUUCCAAGCUUCUGACAAAAGAAAUUAAGAGGAACCUCAAUGGCAAACCUGCAGAGGAAGCUCGUCUGGCUUUGGAGCAAUUGCUACAACAGAAAGGGGAAGCAGAAGAUGGCCGUUUGCUCCUGAAAUCGGUGUAUCUGCUCUCACAGACUGACUUGAGAACUGUGUGGAACAUCAUUGGAUCUGGCCUUCCAGCUGCUCUGAUGCAGUGCCUGUACCUUUUCUUUACUUUUCCUCUGAAGAAAACCAGUGAUGAUGGACAGACAAGUGAGGAUGACACUACUACUCAGGAAAUGCUUGUUAAGAUAAUGCUUAACAUAUACAGAGAGGAACAAGGUGUAGAGGAACUUCUGGCAGCUGAUAAGCUUCAGUCUUUAAUUAUAGCAACUGCUUCUCUCUGGGACCAGUGUAGCCACACGUGGAAAGUACCUACAGGCCGUGUGCUGAGAACAAUUUCAAAGGCUCAGACCAAAAACAGCAUUGUGUACCUACAAGCUAUGGACUGCAUUAAAAUAGCUAUUCAGAAUCUCUUUAAACUGGCUGAUACUUUACCUGCUUGUGAUGUGUGUGAAGCUGCUAGUAUUGUCUUGUGCUUUGUGAAAGAUUCCUAUCCCAUAUCAUCAGCUUUAUUAACAGAGUUUGAAAAUAAUGAUGGCUACCAACUCCUGGUAAAAAUUUUACUCAGAUGUGAGGGGCUGCAGCAAAGUGAAGGAGACCCCUAUCUGGAUGAGAUCUUGGACAUGCUGACUUGCCUUACAACCUGUGGAAAAACUGAACUGAAAGUUUCUGGCAAUAUUGUACACCCACAAUUACCUCACUUUGAUUUUGAAGGGACACGGUCUUCUGGAAUGACAGUGAAAAACCUCCAGGCUUUUCAGGUGUUGCAGUCCAUUUUCCAGAAAAGUAAUGACCAGCACCUGUGUGGAAGAAUCUUGGAAGCAAUUGGUACCAUAUGGGCCUGGGACACAGUGAACUUCUUUCUUCUGGAAUGGACACUACAACCUAUGAAUCAGUUUACUGACAUAAUCCAUUUCAAACCACACCCAAUCCAAGUCCAGUUCUUCAGACUGGUGGAAUCCAUAGUGCUAGACCUGUCCUAUGUCCCCCAUGAAAUUUUGAAGAAGAUUCAGUAUUUGAUAAAGGAAAACAUAGUGCCAUUCUGCACCUUAACAGCUCUCCGGUGCCUUCUCAGCAUGACCAAGAAGGACCUGUUAUUCAGCGACAUAUUCCGUGACUCUGGGCUCUUAGGCCUACUGCUGGCACUCUUGAGGAAGCAAGCCAAGAUCCUGAGGAAGUCAGCUGGAACCUAUCUACCUAGUCUGGAAGAAGGCACUGAAAAGGAAUUAAAUGCUGUGAUGCUGAAAAUGGUGGCUGCCCUUACAGUGGGGUCUGUGAGGAACACUGUUGUUCUGAAAGACUAUGGAAUGGUGCCAUAUAUCAAGAUAUUUUUGGAUGAUGAGUGCUACAGGAGUGCUACUCUCAGCAUCUUGGAGCAGCUAUCAGUCAUCAACUAUGAAGAAUAUAUGAGCAUUAUUAUUGGGGCUCUCUGUUCUUCUACUCAAGGGGAAUUACACUUAAAACUAGAUCUGCUGAAGUCACUCCUGAGGAUACUGGAGAGUCCCAAGAGCCACUCAGCUUUUAGAACCUGCAGUGGAUUCAAUGGACUGCUGUCCCUUCUCUCAGACAUGGAAGGUGCAUUGCAGGACCCUCCACGUGGGCUGUGGACAGCAGUUGGACAAAACUGCUUACUGGAGCUGGUUUUCUACACGCUUCAGGGGAUAACAGCAGCCCUGCACCUGAACCCUGUCAAUAACAACUUCUUCCAGAGGAAUGGUCUCUUUGAAAAGAUGGCAGAGGAUCUUGGGUCACUGGGAUGCUUCUGGACACAAGCGGAAUGGCAAAGCCCUCUGAACCUUGAGAAGACAAGGACAUUUGCAGAAUUCUUGGAUGCAGCUUUCUGCUCUUCAGAACCUUUCCCAAAGUGGCUUAAGAACUGCAUAUGGAUUCUGAAUUUUCUUGAUCACAUGGUCAAAGGAACCCUUCAUCUGCAGAGUUACUUCACGGAGAGAAACCUGGACAUGGGAGAGGCAUCAAGAGAUGAUCACGAGAGACCCUCAGCUCAAGAAGAGCAUCUUGUUGCUUUUAAAAGACCAGGCAACAAAUUACCUGCCUCUGCCUAUGGGCUAUGGGGAAACCAUGAAAACAAGUGGGAAAUGGAAGACUGCACCAUUGUACAUCCAGGUGCUGUCUGUGUUAUGGUGAGGUUGCUGCCAAAGCUGUACAAAGAGGGACACUCUCAGCUUUCACAGGAAAUCCAGUGUGCUGUGGUUGAUCAUAUCCAGUCCCUGGUGAAGUCAGAGAAGAGUCGUCAGGUGAUGUGUGGAUCUGGCUUGUUGAGCACCAUUAUAACUUCCUGUCAGGAUGCCUUCCGCAAUGAGAGCCAUCCACUGCAUCUGCCCCUCACUCGAGUGUUUGAGAAGCUUGCGUCACAGGCUAUUGAGCCAUAUGUGUUAAGAAUUGAAUGGUUUGUGUACAAGAAAAUUGCAACCAAUGGGUCAGGAACCUUUUUUACUAGAGGUUCAGAAGAGGACAUGGUGGACAAUAAAACUGAUCCUCAGACAGCUGUGCCUGUCAGGGGCUCUCCUUGGAUGUCUAAGGCAUCUGCAGUGGCACUCCAGACUGCAAUGAGUCUCAUCUCCAUGACGUCACCUCGAAACUUCCAGCUCCGCAGCACUGCUUUGGCUCCAUCGUUUGUGGAGUUUGACAUGUCCAUGGAGGGAUAUGGGUGUUUAUACCUCCCUACCUUGGCCACUGUCAUGGGACCCAGUGCAGAGAAAUCUGUCUCAGGAGGAAUUGGCAUGGGCACCAGAAUGUUCCCUCCCUCAAAUGGCCUGACACUGUCCUGCUGGUUUCUGGUUAGCAAGUUUGGUUUGGUGCAAAACAGUCACCCACUCCGUUUCCUCACGGUUGUGAGGCACAUGUCGAGAACAGAGCAAGAAUUUGUUUGCUUUUCAGUAUGCUUCUUCCCGCAGGACCGUUCUUUGGCCAUUUCCACAGAAGAAGUGGAAUUCCAGCCACUCGAUAUCAUGGAGCCUGAGGGAGAGGUCCUAAACCCCUCCCAAUUUCCAGGGCAGGUCCAGUUUGGCUGUGGCAGCCUGCUGGUCACAGGCCAGUGGCUACAUCUCGCAGUGACUGUUGCUAAGGAAGCAAAGAAGAACUGCAUUGUGUCAGCUUAUAUAAAUGGUCAAACGCUUGGCUCUGCAAAGAUGCAGUAUCUCCAGUUCUUACCAGGUAGCUGUAUAUCCAUGGAACCCUCUUCCUUUAUAGAUGUUUAUGGGUACAUAGCUACUCCUCGAAUUUGGAAACAGAAGUCCUCCUUGACCUGGCGUCUUGGCCCCACCUACUUGUUUGAAGAAGCUAUCUCUAUGGAAACCAUAGACAUGAUUAAUAAGCUUGGCCCACGGUAUUGUAGCAAUUUCCAAGCAGUACAGCUUCAAGGUGAGGACAAGUACAGUGAUCAUAAUCCUGCACCUCUGGUGGCAGAAGAGAAGAUUUCUUUUGGAAUCAAUGCCAUGUGCUCAUCUCUCACUACGGUCCAAGACAUAAAGAGCUCCUACAAUGAGGUGGAUGGCCGGCUAAUUGCCAAAGAGAUUGGGGUUAACUCUCGGGACAGUUCAACUCCGAUAUUCCUAGCUAAGAAUAUUGCUGGACACCUUUCAGGUUCCUUGCGAACUGUUGGGUCAGUUGCUGUGGGCCAAUAUGGAGUAAGAGUGUUCCAGUCCUCUCCAGCAGCUACUAGCCUGAACUUCAUUGGAGGCCCCGCCAUUCUCCUGGGUCUCAUUGCUAUGGCUCGUGAUGACCACACCAUGUAUGCAGCUGUCAAAGUCCUGACCUCCAUCCUGAACAGUAGCCCAAUGAGUGAAAAAUUGAUGAGGCACAUGCAUGGAUACCAGUUGCUGACCUAUCUAUUGAAGAGGAAGACACAUCUAUUAAACAACAGGAUCCUACAGUUAGUGUUCUCCCUAGUGGGCACAGCUGAGCUUGGCUUUGAGUCUUCAGUCAUCAAGAAUUAUAGUGCAUUCCAGUAUGUUCUCUGCAACUUUGAGCUUUGGAUGAAAGCACCAGAAAAUCUUGACCUUGCUCUUUUUUCACAUCUUCUGGAGAUCUUGCAGUCCUCCAGAGAUGGAUGUCAGAACGCUGCAGUUGCCUAUCAGGUGCAAAUGGUGCCCAAGCUCAUUUUCCUCUUCAAUGAUCCUGAAAUAAGUAACUCCAGAAUCACUGUGGCCUGCUCUAUUCUCUCCCAUCUGUUGCAAGGAUACUUUAACACAAGGGAUGUUCUUAGGAUUGGAUUGUUCCUUGUUUACACUCUGAAACCUUCUUCUGUGGAUGAAAAUCAGAUUUGCCUGGACAGUGUGUCUGAGAUGCCCACUGAAGCCUUAAGCCAAACAUCUGGAAAGACAAUCUGGCUUCGAAACAAGUUACUGAAGAUGCUGUUAGAUGUAAUGCAUUCAGACAAACUUCAUCUGUCCUCUGAGGAACAAGAAGAGACAUUUUUGGCUCUGGGGCCAGACUGGUUUCUGCUGUUCACACAGAGCUACCUGCACUCUAGUACGGUUGUGCUAGGAAUCAAGCUACUUCUGUGCUUCCUCCACAAUCGUUUGCUGCUGAACAAAUUCAAGGAUGGGAUAGUGGCUGGGCGCUGGCUGGAAAACAGCUCUGCGGGUUUUAGUAUUCUAAUGGAUAAUUUAAAAACUCAUCCUCCAGUGCCUGACAAUGGAUCCUUCUUGAUUUUUGGGUUUUCUGUGUUGCAAAGAUGUCUGACUGAUCAUGUCCACAUCCCUGAGAUCUACUUGCUCGUAGCAGGGCUCUUUCUGGCAACUCCGCAGUCUGAACCACCUGAAGCAGCCAAGAAAGAUCUUGAGUCUAUGUUGCAGUGGAUCUUGCAGCACCACAUUACGGAGAAUGUCCUCAAAAUCGGGUUGUGUGCAGAGGCAGCUGCUUUACUGCUGGAAAUGGUUAGAGUCACUGUGGACAAGCCUAUUGCAGAUACAGAAGACUCCUGGGAGAUUGCCUAUCCAGGGAAUGUUCUCCAGUUUCUGUGCUUGAUCUAUCACAGUUAUACCCAGGACCCCAUAUGGCACUGUCCUGACUUUUUGAAAACUUUGGCUAUGGUUGCUUUCCAUUCUGGACCACCCAAGGGAGGGUCUGAAGGCUUUUUGACUCCCGAUGGUCCAGCUAUUGCUGAAGGGAAAGGCUAUGCUGAUCCCUCCUCCCUCCCGCUUGUACCACACCCUGCCAAGAAACAAGUGUGGGAUUUUGUGCGAGUCCUCCUGAUGGACAGUCUUCUCAGCAUCCCAGCAAACAAACAAUGGCAUCCGCUUGAGCUGCUUCUUGAGGCUUUUCCAGGGGAUGCCACCAGUGAGCAGAAGAGACAUUUUCAGACAAAAGUUUUGCUGUCUGCUAUGGAUGUCUUCCAUGUUACCAGCCAAGGCGAGGGGAAAACAAAACCAAGAGGUGAUGAUCCUUAUGGCGCUUCAGAAUCAACUGCACCUGUAUCCAUGAUGAAUAUUGCUUAUUUUGCUCAGAAGCUGGUUGAGAAGCUGAGCAGCAGAAUGUUUGCUGCUGACCCCAAGCAAAUCCUGAUCUUCACUGCCAAACAGAUUAUGGGAGUCUUAGAAAGCUCCGUUUCUCAAAAGGAGGUUUUCCUCAGUACACUGUACAGCUGUCUAAACAGAGCCAUCCUAUACUGCCUAUCCAGACCACAACAAUCGCUGCCUGAACAGUUUGAUGUCCUGAACACUCUCAAUGUCCUGCAGGAACAGUGGGACAUUAUUUUUGCAACUUACAACUCAAAUAAUAAUUUUGUUGUCUGCCUAAUGUACUGCCUUUGCCAGCUGAAUUCGGGCAGCUAUCCAGAAGGUUUUGGUGUGGAUGCAAAACCAAAGCUGCCUUCAUAUCACCAAAUUUUCCUUGCACCUAGUGAAGAGGAAAAGGGCAGCCUGCCUACUCCAGAUGAUGUCCAUCAGGAGAUUCUGAGAACAGCAGAAAUCAUCUGGAAGCAGCUCAUUUCUCAGAGGCGGCAGGCUCUGGAGGACACUUACAAGAUGGAUCUUUCUGUAAAAGGAAAUGACAAAGAAAGGGACAUGAAGAUAACAGAGAUCACUCCUUUAUGGGAAGAAAUUAUGACAAAAGCUUGGCAACACUUGAUAGCAUCUGAAAAGAAGCUUCUCCACAAUAAAACAGGGCCAAGCCUGUCACAGAGCAAGCAUAAUUCCUGGAGUGAAAGCCUCUCUUCAGCAAUUAGGUUGAUGCCUGGCCGAAACACAAAGGAAAUGACAUGCAAAUCUGAGGGAUUUGUAUCAUGUAUGGAACGGUACCGAAGAACUGGGCAGGAGCUGUAUGCCUCUUUGUAUAAGAACCACAUACAGAUGCUGCAGUGUGGUUACAGCAAAGCAGCCAAAGACUGGAUGAUACUUGAGGAACAGCUUUUCUACACAAGGGGCCCAUGGGGAGAUGCAUCACGAUCCUUAGAGCCACGAUGGAUUCUUGAUUGUUAUGAAGGUCCUUCACGAAUGAGGAGGAGGAUUCAGCAUGCGAACACCCCAGUGAGAAUGAUGCAAAUGAAGAGUGAGGUUCUCCUUGCAAACAGAAAUGAAACAACCCCCACUGCUGAAGUGAAUCCAGGAGAGCUGACGUUAAAUGGAGUGGAAAGGGAGAUGGAUAAGAAGGGAUUGGAUUGUAACCAGCUAACAUUCUUCCCUGCUCUACAUGAAAGUUUCCAUUCAGAAGACUUCUUGGAACUGUGUGUGGAGAGACAAAUUAUAUUGCAGGAGUUUGCAGACAGUGAAAAGGUCACAUUCAAGUGCUCUGUGGCAGUUGUGCAGGGGCAUAGAGUAUUGGAAGGAGUGCUGCUCUUUGGCAUAGAACACUUCUACAUCUGCGAGUGCUUUGUGUUAUCCCCUCUAGAAGAAGUCUACUGUACAGGUCACUGCUUGUCCAGCAUCAGUGAUCCGUUUAUUUUCAACUUAUGUCAUAAAGGUCACGCUGUGGGUAACCAGAUGUGUUCCCGUUAUUCGUAUCAUGAUAUAAAAGAGAUCCAUCUGAUGCGCUUUCUUCUGCAGGAGAUCGCCUUGGAAAUAUUCUUCAAAAAUGGUUACUCCAGAUUUCUUGUCUUCCAUGACAGCGACCGAAAUAAGAUAUUUAAGAGGUUUUGCUCUUUCCAACCUGCUUUGAAGUCGAAGGGGAUAACAGAAGAGUCCCUGAAUAUAAGGAAACACUCAGGAGGGGAAAAGACAAUGCUCCAGAAGUGGCAGAAGAGGGAGAUCAGCAACUUUGAUUACCUCAUGUAUCUGAACACAUUGGCUGGCCGCAGCUACAAUGACUACAUGCAGUAUCCUGUGUUUCCAUGGGUCCUUGCUGAUUAUCACUCCGAGACUCUAAACCUUGCUAAUCCUCAUACAUUUCGAGACCUGUCAAAGCCCAUGGGAGCACAGACUGUGGACAGGAAACACAAGUUCAUCCAGCGCUACAAUGAGGUGGAGAAGACUGAGGGAGACCUGUCAGCCCAGUGCCAUUACUGUACUCACUAUUCAUCAGCAAUUAUAGUCGCAUCUUACCUGGUCCGAAUGGAGCCGUUUACCCAGACCUUCUGUUCUCUACAGGGUGGGAGUUUUGAUGUUGCAGACAGGAUGUUUCACAGUGUCAAGAGCACGUGGGAAUCUGCAUCAAGGGACAACAUGAGUGAUGUCAGGGAACUCACCCCUGAAUUCUUCUACUUGCCGGAGUUCCUAACCAAUGCAAAUCACUUUGAACUUGGCUGCAUGCAGGAUGGAACAGUGCUGGGAGAUGUGCAGCUUCCUCCUUGGGCAGAUGGGGACCCCCAUAAAUUCAUUCUCCUGCACAGACAGGCAUUGGAAAGUGACUAUGUCAGUUCACACCUGCAUCGUUGGAUAGAUCUUAUUUUUGGCCACAAGCAACAUGGCUCAGCUGCGGUGGAGGCAGUUAACACCUAUCACCCUUACUUCUAUGGAGACAAGAUGGACCUCAACAACAUUAAAGAUCCUCUUAUUAAGAGUACCAUUCUGGGUUUUAUCAGCAACUUUGGACAGAUACCAAAGCAGGUACCACUUCAUCAUGCGAGUAGAGAGCAUAAUUUAUUUCAAUCUUCUAGUGGAAUUCUUCCUCCUUUUAUGAGUAGCCUGCAAAACCUGAAGCUCUCACCAGUUACAAUAAAAGAAUUAAAUAUAAUCUCUGUUUUAUCAGACUAUCCCAAGGGAGCUAUUGGGCACAUUGUUCAUACUGAAAAAGGCAUUCUGGCUGUUGAAAAAAAAAAAGUUUUGAUGCCCCCUUUUUGGAGCAAAACAUUCUGCUGGGGAUUUGAGGACUUCACCUGCUGCUUUGGCAACUAUGGGUCUGAGAAGAACGUGACAACAUUUGAGUGCAUGGCGGACUGGGGAAAGUGCCUCUGCGCUGUGUGUCCUUCAGCAACUACCGUAAUCACAUCUGGAACAAGCUCAGUUGUGUGUGUAUGGGAGCUUUCCUUGGUCAAGGACAAAGUGAAAUGUCUAAACUUGAGACAGGCUUUGUAUGGGCACACUCAGGCAGUGACCUGCCUUGCUGCAUCUGUGACCUACAGCAUCUUUGUGAGUGGAUCCGAUGACAGAACCUGCAUCAUCUGGGACCUGAACCAGCUGACAUAUAUAAACCAGCUUCCUGCCCAUGAGGCAAGCCUCUGUUGUGUUGCCAUCAACAAUUCAACAGGUGAUAUUAUAUCUUGUGCUGGAUCUUACCUAUAUCUGUGGACAGUCAAUGGCCAGCUUCUUGCAAGCAUUAACACAACCUGCAGCCCUGAAAGCCAUAUUGUUUGCUGCUGCUUUGCUGAAGUGACGGACUGGGAUACACGCAGCCUCAUCAUCACAGGAAGCACAGAUGGAGUGGUGAGGCUGUGGAAGACUGAAUACACCUAUAUCCCAGGCCAAGAUGUUAGACCGCGGAGAGGCACGAUGGAAGAGCCAGGCAACAUGGGUAACAAGUUUGGAAAACAUCUUCUUCUCUGUCGGGAAUUGAAUCCCAGCCUUGCCUUGACUGGAAAACCAAGCAAGACCAACCCAGCAGUGACGGCGCUGGCUGUAUCCAGAAAUUCCUCCAAGCUCCUAGUUGGUGAUGACUGGGGAAGAGUCUGCUGCUGGUCUGUGGAUGGGUAG